AUGUUCAACCUCUCCUCCCUGGUUCAGAAAGCGCAGCAAUUCAUCGACCCGACUCUGUCGCAAACUGCACCUUCAACCGACCGUCGGCCUUCAAAAAGCACCCUCUUCCGCCAUCAGUUCCGCCUCCCUGACACGCAGAAUCCGUUGCAAGAGAUCACCGCCGAGCUCACCCUUUCCUCGCACCACAGCAUCCGAAGCACCUCAGACGACCGAGACGACGAGGACCGAGGGCAAGGCAAUCGCUAUGUCGGGAAACUUCACCUGUCGGAGCAGUUUCUCUGCUUCUCCACCCAGGGAUCGAGCUUUCUGAACACUGCCAGCUUGAGCUCGUCAAGCGCAUUUACAGGCCAGACACACGGAGCUGGACCAGCCGGCAAUGGCUUCACACUGCCCCUGUGUGCGAUCAGGCGGGUGGAAAGGUUACAUAGUCAGAGCUACAUGUUCGCCCUGGCCAUAACCACGUGGAACGGCUUCGGUGAGCAGAGCAAGAAGGAGGGCGGCCAGAAAUUGACAAUACAGCUAGCGGGCAGUCGGCAGCAAUGCGAAAGGUUCUGCGACCGCUUAAAGAAGGGGUUGAGGGAGGGCAUCAGGGAGGUGGAGAAUCUUCGAGCGGUAGCUUCGCAGUGCUACUCGGAGUACCUGCUCUCAAACGACCCGAAGAUUAAGGAGGACAGCAAAAAACAGGACAGCAAGAAGGAAGCUCCAGAUACUGGCCUUGGCAUAAUCUUCAGGUAUCCAGGCAAUCCUAGAAAGUUAAGAGAUGGGACGAAGAUGCGAUUAUGGAGGGAGUACUUGAAUGAGAAUGGGAGGAAUGCGACCCUCAUACGGCAGCCUACCUUCCAUAAGCUCAUUCGCGUCGGCUUACCGAAUAGGCUCAGAGGCGAGAUGUGGGAACUUACUUCCGGCUCUUUCUUCCUGCGCUUGCAAAAACCGAACCAAUAUACGGAGACUCUGGCGAAGCACGAAGGCCGGAAAUCUUUAGCCAUUGAGGAGAUUGAGAAGGACUUGAACCGCAGUCUACCAGAGUAUCCGGGGUUUCAGAGCGAGGAAGGUAUUGGCCGGUUACGACGGGUUCUGACAGCAUAUAGCUGGACAGAUGAGGAGGUCGGAUACUGUCAAGCCAUGAACAUUGUGGUAGCAGCGCUUCUUAUCUACAUGUCCGAGGCGCAAGCCUUCUCGUUACUUUCUGUGCUAUGCGACCGACUAUUACCGGGAUACUACUCGCAAACUAUGUACGGCACUCUUCUGGACCAGCGAGUCUUUGAAUCGCUAGUGGAAAAGACCAUGCCGAUAUUGUGGGACCAUCUCGUCAAAUCCGACGUGCAGCUCUCAGUCGUUUCCCUUCCUUGGUUCCUCUCGCUCUAUAUCAACUCCAUGCCCCUUAUCUUCGCUUUUCGGGUCCUGGAUGUUUUCUUCCUCGAGGGCCCAAAAGUACUCUUCCAGAUCGGCCUCGCCAUCCUCCGCAUAAACGGCGAGGAGCUACUAGACGCAUCUGAUGACGGCACCUUCAUCUCUGUUCUCAAAUCUUAUUUUGCUCGGUUGGAUGAGUCAGCGCAUCCAAAGUCCGAGAACCCAAAGCUACGGGCGGUAACACGCUUCCAAGAGCUCAUGGUGACGGCUUUCAGAGAAUUUGCGGGUAUCACGCAGAACACCAUCUCGGAACAACGUGCAAAGCAUAAGGAUGCUGUGCUAGAAAACAUAGAGAACUUUGCCAAGCGAACAUCAAUACGUAACCUAGGACCGGACAGCAAACGUUUGAGUACCAACGAUCUUGGCUUCAUGUACGACCGUUUCUAUGGAGUGCUGUACGAGCGGCAGCAACGAGCGGAGAUGUUCCAACAGGAGGCGGACCGACGUGCGAAGGCUGGCGGUACGAAAGCAACGCGGAUUGCGACUGAUGUGCUCUAUAAUAAUUCAGUUGAGAUGGGUAGAGUUGCUGUUGGCCCCAGUCCAACUCAAAUGGACUAUGACGCGUUUCGAGAGUUCCUCGCUGGCAUCACCAGAUGGGCAGUCAGUGAUUCACCCAGUUCACCACAAGACCCCAACGCGGAAAAACAAAACUACUCCUACUUCGGCAACAGUAUGAGGAAUCGCAGUGUCACGCUAUCGCCUUGGGGCGCUGGUCCCGAGCCGGCGGACCACGAGUUCAUGCAACGCCUAUUCCGCAGAUGGGAUGUCAACAUGAACCAUGCUCUUAGCCUGCAAGACGUCGUCACCGGUUUUGCUCAGGUGAAGGGAACAAAGGAUAUCAUGUCGAACAUCAGCUACUUCUUCGAGCUGUAUGACGACGAUGGUGAUAGCAAAGUAGACCGGGAAGGCAUCUUGAGGAUCUCGGAAGCGCUCCUGUUCCUCUCUCGCCGCGGCUUUGAAAACAUGCCGUCGCCGUCAGCUUCUCUCAACAGCCUACAGCCGAAAGAAUCAGCGGACAACGUUGGUGGCGGACGUGAGAAUCGUGACGAGCAAAUCUUGAGCAGCAUAUCCGCCUUCAUACGCCGCUGCUUCGAGUACGCCGAUCCGGACCACGCCGUCAACCACAGCGAAAAUUCAUCUAAUCAACUCAUCGACACAACAGAAAAAGCCGUCGACGCGUUCAGCAUCGGCGACGACGAAGACGAAGACGACCUCCUCUCCUUCUCCUCCAGACCUAGCUCUCCGAAACCGCCGACAUCUCUCGACCCUUCUCAACCAACCACAGCACCACCACCGCCAUCCAGCUCCCUCACCCCUAAACCAGACAAACACACCGCAAACGCCGCCCUGGACCCCACCAAACCCCUCUACAUCACCCUCCCGACCUUCCGCAUGCUGAUCCUCGCCGACGAAACCCUCGAAUCCUUCUUCGAGUCCGCCUUCGCCAACUCCUUCCGGCUAGCCGACAUUCCAUCCUCGACCCCGACCAGCACAACCCUCACCACCUUCGCCAACGUCAACGCGCCCAGCCGUGCCGCCUCGGCGCAGGCCCUCUCGCUCCCCCAAGACGCCGCCGGGGUCGCCGGACCAGCCGGCAAGGGGCUGAGAGGCAUGCUCGAUAACAUCGUCAGCGACGGCAUGAGGGUUGCUGCCGAGGUGCGGCGGCGGAUGGAGGAGGCCCAGCGGGAGAUGGAUAGGGCGGCGGCGCAGGGAAACUAUGAUGAGGAUGAAGAGGAGGAAAGAGCCGAGGCGGAUAGGAAGAGUGUUAGGGAUGCGGAUCGGGAUUUGCUUGAGGGAGCGGAGACGGUGGACGUGGAGGCGGGGGAGUUGGUGGGGGUGCCGGUGUUGGAUGGGGAGGAUGGGAGGGGGAAGGGGAAGGAGAAUUUGGAGAAAGGGAGGAGGGGUGGGGGUGAGGUUGUGGAAUUUGAGAGGUGA